UUUCCCUUCAUUCCUUGUCAACACCGUCUCGCCUUCAACUUUGCUACCUGCCUCGCCAUCGAGAUGGCGGCUUCAGGUGGGCAGCUUGGUGUGACAGGUCCUCUUUCGCUUGCUCUCCCUACGGAUGCUGACCGACGAGCGACCGAAGCCCUGGUCGACGAAUUGAAGAGGCAGAACAACUACGAAAGUGCAACAGAAACUAACAAGAGAUUGGCCGUUCUCAACUCCCUUCAACAAAUCGCCGAAGAGUUCAUUAGACAUGUUGGGAAGGCGCAGGGUUUAUCCGACAGUCUUGUCAAGAGCCUAGGCGGGAAAAUUGUGACCUUUGGAAGUUUUAAGCUUGGUGUCAUAGGACCAGGCUCGGAUAUUGACACCUUGGUUGUUUGUCCAUCGAACAUAACCAUCGAAGAUUUCUUUGCCACAUUCCCCGAGAUUCUCCAAAAAAUGGCACCUGAAGGCUCAAUCACCGAACUCACGCUCAAGCCGGACGCCUUUGCACCUAUCAUAACUCUGAAGUACAAUGGAGUCGAUCUCGACUUGCUUUUUGGCCGAAUUGCUAUCCACAACCAAAUCAAGAAAGAUCUCGUCAUGACAACCCCAGAUCUUUUGCGAGGUUUAACAGAUCAAGAAGUUCGUCAGUUAAAUGGUGUUCGAGUAGCAGAGGAAAUGCUCAGUUUGGUCCCGGAGCUAGGUGUCUUCAGAGCCGCCCUUCGUGCAAUUAAAUUAUGGAGUUCGCGUCGGGGAAUCGCUGGAAACAUUUACGGAUUUCCUGGUGGUGUGGUGUGGGCUAUUUUGGUGGCUCGAGUCUGCCAACUCUAUCCCAAGGCGGUUGCUUCAACCAUCGUAGCAAAGUUCUUCCAGGUCAUGAAAAGAUGGCAGUGGCCCAUGCCGGUGAUUCUGAAGCAGAUCGACUACACUACUCGGAUUGGCAAUUUGAAGGUCUGGAAUCCCCAGAUAUACCCUGGCGACAAAUAUCACUUGAUGCCUGUCAUCACACCCGCGUAUCCUUCCAUGUGCGCGACUCAUAAUAUCAUGAGAUCUACGAAAGAAGUCAUAGAUAAAGAAAUCAACCGGGCUGGGGAUAUUGCAGAACAGAUUAUUGUAGGAAAGGCUCAGUGGAAGGACCUAUUCACGAAACACACAUUCUUUACUGCCGAUUACAAAUACUACCUCUCCGUCAUUACAGCUAGCACGUCUGAAGAAGCGCAGCUUCCAUGGUCUGGUUAUAUCGAGUCAAGAGUUCGACACCUGGUGAAGCUGCUUGAGGACCACCCGUCGAUUGCUUUGGCGCAUCCAUUCAACAAAGGCUUUGCACGAGUCCACAGAUGCCAAAACGAAGCAGAAGUCGAGAAGGCAAAGGGUGGAAGCCUCGAACAUCAGGCGAAGGAUAUUGCGACAGCUACCACCGGCCAUGGCCUUGCAGUUGGAGCCUCAUCCAAGACCGAUUUGGUUAACGCAGAGCAGAAAGCGGAUACUAAUGGAUCUGUUACGAUGGUCUACACCACAACUCAUUACAUUGGCCUAGAGUUGCACCCAGGUGUCAAAUCCCUUGACCUUGAAUUGCUUGUUGCACGAUUUAGGAAUGAGCAAUGCUAUAUCUGGGACAAGUAUGAUCACGAGUCCAACGCCAUUUGUAUCAUACAUACUCGCAAUUCGGACCUACCCGACGACUUGUUCGAAGAAGGAGAAGUGAAGCCCACGCGCAAGCAAAAGAAGAAAACGACUACGAACGGGGCUUCAAAGAAACGUCCUGCAACAGAAGACCCGAAUCAAGCGCCAACAAAGAGGCAGCAGACGCAGCAGACCUCUGUGGUUGCUGCUGGAUAACUCUCGUUCUUCGCUCACGAAAUCUCCGCAACCGAUCCGACUGCUAACAAAGCAUCUCCUUUACUACGACAUUCCGACUCGUAAUGAUACUAACAC